AAAGAUUCAUGUUUCUAUCACGUGUACAGGGUAAUUUCUCCUGUGAUUAUUUGAUUACAACAGACUUGUCGAAUCGCCAGCGGAUACCCAAUGCAAUCUUUUAUUGAAAGCGACCCGGGAAAGGAGGAGGAUGAAAAAGUUAGCCCAUUCGCCAGACGAUGGAUACUGGCCUACGUGUCCUUCUUUGGUUUUGUGUUUCUGUACGCCACCCGCGUCAACAUCAGCGUGGCCAUCAUCUGCAUGGUGCGGUCGUCGACGUCCAACGUCACAUCACUUGACAACAGCACCGGACUCAACGUCACGUCGAAGUCGGUUAAUGUAGUAGAUGAAGCUUGUGGCAUACUGGAACAGGCUAGCUCCACUCUACAGAGAGCAGAGUUCGACUGGGACAAGCCCACCAGGUCUCGUAUUCUCGCCUUGUACUUUUAUGGCUACAUUUUCACUCAAAUACCCGGAGGAUGGUUAGCAGGACGAUACGGGGCUCGCCGGGUGUGGGGACUUGGGAUGUUUGUGAACGGACUUGGGACCAUUCUCACCCCUGUCAGUGCACGUCUGAAUGUGUAUGUUUUGUAUGCAGUGAGAUUCAUCAUAGGAUUUGCAGCGGGGGUGUCUUUUCCCGCUACACAUUCACUAUGGGGGAGAUGGGCACCACCCCUCGAGAGAAGCAAACUCAUGUCGGUUUGCUAUGCAGGGCCUCACGUCGGCACUAUCGUCGCAUUUGCACUGUCCGGGUACCUCUGUGCCAACGGAUUUGACAACGGCUGGGGCUCCAUAUUCUACGUGUUCGGUGCUGGAAACUUGGUGUGGGUCGGUCUGUGGUUGAUGUUGUCAGCUGACAAUCCCCGCAAACAUAAAUUCAUUUCUGAGAAGGAGAUUGCAUACAUCGAAAGGAAGAUUGGCUACAAGACUAACAUUAAGACUCGAUCUACCCCCUGGUUGGCUAUGGCCAAGUCUGGACCUCUCUGGGCCAUCAUUCUGGCUCAUAUGUGCAACAACUGGACCAAUUAUACACUUAUCACUGUCCUCCCUACUUUCAUGAAGGAAGUUCUCAAGUUCGACAUCCGCCAGAACGGCGUUAUAUCCUCCCUACCCUAUGUCUGUCACUCGGUGUUGGCAGUUCUGGCUGGUCAACUCGCUGACAUCGUGAGAGCCAGAACCAGACUCGGUACCACGAGGGUCAGGAAGGUCUGGCAAAAUGCAGCCUUUCUGUCAGUUGCUGUUUUCCUUGUGGCAACAGGCUUUAUAAAUUGCGAGAACAGGAUGGUCGCCGUCGUCUUCCUGUGUGCCGCCGUGGGGUGUAUGGGAAUCAGCAAGGGGGCAUACAUGGUGAACCACGUCGACAUUGCCCCCAAGUACUCUGGAGUACUAUUUGGAAUUACCAACACAGUAGCCACUGUACCGGGGAUGAUAGCCCCUCUAGUAGCUGGGGCUCUCACGCCUAACAAAACUGCAGAGGAAUGGCGUCUGGUGUUGUACAUAUGUGCGGGGUUUCUGGUGGCUGGUGCACUGAUCUUCACCUUUCUUGCCAGUGGUGAGACACAGCCAUGGAACGAUCAUGACGACAUAGAGCUUGACGUCAUCAAGGGCAAGAAAUCACAUAAAUAUGUCGCAAUAGAUCAUGUUAAAGAAACACUGGGAGAGGAUCACUAGAUACGCCGCCAAAGACGUUACCGGUAUUGUUGGGGCAAUAAUGCCAUUGACGUGCUGUGAAACAAAUAAUCGGUAAACAGAUACCAUCAACACGAAAUAUAAGGUGACCAACAUGGAGUGUGUAAUGAAUAUGAACAAUUUCUCCACUUGGUCGAUGUUUUUAACGAUUUUUUUAUUUUGUUUUCAUACUCAAGAUUCUGUCAAGUAUAUGAUUUUUGAUCAAAACAUUGUUUUCAGGAAUAUAGGACACAGAUACAAUCUAAAAUAUUGGUUACUCUUGAAUGUAAAAUAAAACAAAAGUCGCCUUUGUUAGACCAUUUAUAUAUGCCAAGAUAUACACUAGUUGCGAAGGAAUUAAUAAUGAGCAACGCUCAAGCAUACAAACCAGUGAUUGAUAUUAUGCGCAACGAUUACAAAUCACCAAAUCUGACCACUCGGCCCAUUAAGUCGCCAGCAUUACCAACAGAAUAAUUUGCUUUGGACCAAUUCCAACUAGGAAUCCGCCUGGCGUCUAAUUUCAAGAGCAAAAAGACAAAACAUUAGAAAUUUAUACCA